GUGUGUGUGUGUGUGUGUGUGUGUGUGUGUGUGUGUGUCAGGAGGGUGCUGGAGAUGUGCUGCUUCAUGGAGAAGAUGCUGGCCAGCAUGCUCGCAGACUUUGAGAUGAAGGUGGAGAAAGAUGUUUUGGAGCCGCUGAACAAGCUCAGCGAGGAUGAUUUACCGGAGAUUCUCAAGAACAAGAAGCAGUUUGCAAAGCUCACUACAGACUGGAACAGCGCCAGAACCAAGAGCCAGGCCAGCACGGGUCCUCAGGCAAAGCAGGACGGGCUGAGGGAGGAAGUGGAAGAAGCCUGGAGGAGGUUAGAGAGCAUCAAGGAUGAGUACUCUGCAGAUCUGUAUCACUUUGCAACCAAAGAAGACGACUACGCUAACUACUUCAUCCGCCUUCUGGAGCUGCAGGCCGAGUAUCACAAACACUCCCACGAGUUCCUGGACAAAAACAUCAGCGAGCUCAAAGAGAACCACAGUCAAAAAGGGUCACAGCUGAGCCUCUCCAAUCAGAAGGUGUACGGCGAGCCUCUUCUCUCUCAUCUGUCUGAGAGCAACAGAGAAAUCGCUGUUCCAAUCGAGGAGUGUAUCCACAUGUUGCUGAGAACAGGCAUGACUGAGGAGGGUCUGUUUCGGUCUCGCGGCGGCGUGCCUCGGUGAGUGAAGA